AUGAAUAAUCCUUCUUCACCCUCCGCAUUGGUUCAACAGCUUACCAACGCGCUUCCUAAGGAUCUAUCCCUGACCAUAUACCACCUUUCAACGUCAACAAAUAAAGUACCUUCCAUAUACCCCGAACCCCCAUGGCAGCGACUUGACAGAACGAAUCUUCAAUGUCACUUUCUGGCUGCUUCUAUAAAUUAUCCAACCGAUGAAGAAAAAACAAAGAUUAACGAGGUUUUAGUUUACGCGAUAGAGAUAUACGUUUAUUCCACUCCAAGAGACAACACGUUCUUUGUUUCUAAAGUUGAUUCUACCGGUUAUUUAAGCCUUUUAAAGCUGCCUCCAGCUAUACCCUCGCCGUUACGGACUCUGACUUUCACUAUUUUACAAUAUUUAGUUGAUAUUCUCCGCAAACCCCACACAAAAAGUAUUAUUUCUUUAUUCGCGAGAGCUCAAGACCAGUAUUUAUUUCCAGGAAGUGUAGAGAAUAAACUUAAGCACGUCCUAGAUGACCGUAACUUAAUUCGUUGGUGGUGCUGCACACUGAAUCUACUAAUAGACAAAACUAAAACAGACACUAUUCAACCUUGGAAUUCCGUGAGAGGAUAUCUCCUAGUCCCAGGACUUGAUUCUCACGAGAGUCAAGCAUUUAUCCCGAAGAAUUCGAGUAAGGCGUGGGAGGUUGGGCACCCUUUGGUCCAAAUAUCCAGGUUCCAAGGCCCUGUACCGCCCAGGUGUCUAAUACCACAUUUUCCUGAUGAUCCUAAGGCAAGAUACAUCGAUGAAUUAGACGAAGAAAUUCUUAAAGGCAAUGGCUCAAACUGUCAAUGGAAAAGUAUCCACUCGGUCGAUCAAUUCUGGGAAAUGAUGGCCUACAGACAAGAAUGCUCUGCUGGAAGGCUAGUGGGGUUCAUGUGGAUUGUUUUCCAACCAGAUUCUCAUUACCCAGAAACUGGAGUUAUGGAUUGUCACAAUAGCGUCCCUUUAGAGGAUGGAGUUUUUAGUCAUUGCUCCGAUAUUAGAGAACCAUCACAGCCAAGUUGUUACGAUCUAAAAGACAGUAUCUUCAUGACGUCAAAACCUCCUACAAAGAAUAUCAAUCAUCCCAACGACAAAAAGAAAAGAAAAUUUUCAAAUAUCGAGAAUCAAACGCCUAUUGGGCAAUUAAAACAGCGAAAAGUUGAAGGGAAAAGACUUUCAGGACGAAUAACACCUAGAAAUCCUCUUGCACAAAGCAAAAAUUGCGCUAUUAAACGUAUUGAGGCUAGAGCCCCUUCCCCUAGCGAGACAAAAAUCUAUGGGCAGGUGGUUGUUGACGACUCAGACUAUAAGCGUCUGGUUGAUCAUCUGUUGAAUCUUGACUUUUCCAACAUCGAGCGCGCUGUAUCAAGUUCCAAGCGAUGGAUAAAUGAAGUUCGCUAUGCUGCUCGACCUGAAACUGAGGCUGAGUGGGGCCAGAAAUUUACUGGCACAAAAGAAACUCAGGUCCCAUCUAUGGCCUCUAAAACAUGCGUAAGUACUCUCAACGACGCUCUUGUACGUAAGAAGCCCAAAAAUAAAGCUUAG